GUUGGUCACACCUCCAAAACGUGACCACUGAUAAUCGCGAUAAAAUAAUAUUGCCCGGCGUCCRCGGCUUCCAUUAUCCAAUAGAACAUUUUUAAUUUAUUACUAAUAUCACAGAAUUCUGUACUAAUUUAUUCAAAAUUUGAUAAUAUAAUUUGUAUUUUGUAAUCCGAUUUCUUUAAAUCUGUGCUGAUUUCGUAAUUUUUUUUUCAAGUUUCGUGUAAUUUUCUCGUCUCGUUUGUUCGAAAAAAAGUCACCCAGCAAAUUAAAAGGAAAUCUGAAAAUGUCGGGUGGCGAGAGUACGUCCGGUGGUGUGUUUCUGGUCUCUGUCGUCGGUCAAAUCGAAAAAGCUCAUUUUCCGAACUAUGACAACAUGUAUUGCAAGUACACUUUCGUCUAUGGACCCGAUUGGGAAAUCGUCACCGGCAUCGAAGAAGGCAUAUCGCAAAUCGCUCAAAAGAGCCAAGAUGAAAGACAACAUGUCGUAUGGAAUUUCCCGUUAGACGUUUCUUUCAAGAGUUCCAAUCCWMACGGGUGGCCACAACUAAUCAUUAGUGUUUAUGGGUUGGAUACUUUUGGGAACGAUGUUGUGAGAGGCUAUGGAGUAUGUCACCUCCCAGUUGUUAAUGGACAAUCUUCUGAAGAGAUGAUUAUGUUUGUUCCUGAAUCAAGUUCAACAUUACAAAAACUGACUUCAUGGUUGACGGGUAAAAGACCAGAAUACAUAGACGCACGGUUAUUAGCUAGGGGCGAUGGCAGAGAAGUGACUAGAGUCAGAAGUCAAGGAUGUGUUUGGAUAAAGUUCAAUGUUUUGUUCAAAGACUUUCAUCAUUACGGCUUUGAAAACGAUAAUAACAGUUGAACAUCAAGCUGCUGUUGAUUAUGGUCCAGAGAAAAAAAGUUCUAAAAACCAUAUUUGGUAAAAUAAUUGUCCCAAUCAUAGAAAAAAACGUUUCACCUAUAAUAUUAUCAUUUUAUUUGUGUUAUAUUCAUAGCCUAACCCCUUAGUUGGGGGUUACUAGGGGUCACCCAGUGUCUUUCUCACCAUAAGCCAACAAAUCAGUUUUUCUAAGGGGUCCCAAAUUGAAGUGUCUUGGCCCAAGACUCUUGGGCCCUGUAAAAAAAAUUGCUCCUAAACAUUAAAUUGGUUAAAUAAUUUGUUAAAUGCUUUUUAUGGUCCCUACUUCCUACAUAGAACAGGAAAAUGCCAAGACAAGAAAACAAAAAUUUAUGAGACUUAACAAAUAAGAAGUUGGAAAUAGAAAAAAAAAUUUAGGGGGCCAUGGCCAGGCGGACACUGGAGCUACCAAACAAACAAUAAUGUGACUGAAGGGUGAAAAAUUGGUUUCAGAAGCUUUUUGAAAAUAAUCAUCCAACUAWGGAAAAAUUUUAUAAAAAAAAAAUAAAAAUUGAAAUUUCUAUGGAUGAAGCAACAUUGUUUUUAGUAGCUGUAAGAUAUUUGAGCAACAAAAAAUGCACGACAAACUCAAACCUUAAAAAAACAUAUACAAAUUUCAUUUACUAUAAAAAUAUAGCAGACGGAAUGUGAUAAUUAUAUUUUUCAU